AUGGAGGCUGGUAGUGAUUUUAUAGAGUAUCUUGGAUCGGACAUGUCUAUAAAGAUCCUCAUGAGUUUAAAUGACCAUUCUGAUCUUGUUCGCGUGAGUGCCGUCUCUAGCUCUUGGCGCCAAUUUGUGAUUGCUAAUGGCCUGUGUAAGCAGUUUUGUAUAAGGACAUUUCCAAAUGUAUCAAGUUUUGCUAACAUUGUCGAAGUUAAAAACACAAUUGAACCUUUGGAUUAUGGGAAUGAGGAUUCUUCAGAAUGGGCUUGUCUUGAGAGAGAUCAUAGGGUGUAUGCAUUUUUGACCCGAGGUCUUACCUCGUUCGCAUGGAAAGAUUGCAUAUCAGAUGCUAUAGUUGCAUCCAGCACGGAUAAUUACCCUCAAGAAAGUAUCGAGAAUACUCUUGAACCAAGUGACAGGGUCAACCGCAGAGCUUCAUACUGGUCAAGCAAGGGUGAAUGUGAUCCUGCAGUUCCCGAGACAUUAACGUAUAAAUUGGCUGCAAGAUUGUGUAUGAUAACUGAAAUUCAUGUUCAACCAUUUCUAGCUUAUUUUCAGUUUGGCUACCCCAUAUAUUCUGCAAAGACUGUGAGAUUCCGAAUGGGGCAUCCCAAGGAACUAAUGGAGGUAGAAAGUGUUGACAGAGAUGAAUUUCCAGUACGUCGAGAAUCUGCUGGUGACAAGUUUUUAUGGACAUAUACUUCCCCGGAAUUUCCAAUGGCGAAAGAGAAUCGCUUGCAAAAGUUUAAGCUUCCUGAACCAGUACUUUGCAUUGGAGGAAUCCUGCAAGUCGAGCUAUUAGGCAGAGUUCAGACUCAACAAAUGGAUGGUUUAUAUUAUAUAUGCAUCGGCCAUGUUCAAGCUGUUGGAAGACCACAGCCUGCAUUCGAUAUCAAAAUGAUGGAUGAGUCUGGAAAAUGCACGUUAGAGUAUUAUCCUGAAGCAGCGGCACAUUGUUUGUCACUAGCUAAGCAUCCUGAAAUAGAGCCAAGAAGUCGUCCUCAAUUUCACAGGUUUAAUGCAAGCAUAAGGGGUUGGGAGCAAAUGAUCCUCAACUCGCUACUGAGAGCCGGACCAAUGGUCCUGGAUGCUGACCCUGAUUCAGAUGACGAGUUCCUCGCAUAG